AUCCGACACGCCAGUGGCCGAUGUUAUGGCAACCAUUGUCGCUCCCCGUUUGCUCCUUCGCCUCCUGGGUCAGACCGCCCCAGGAACCUCGUCGGGCCGAGGCUGUAGCUGUCAUCUCCGGCAGGGUGCCCGCCGGCUCCACCUCAGCGCAUCCAGGAAUGAAGCUGUUGUCAUUUCCGGGAGGAAGCUGGCACGGCAGAUUAGACAAGAAGCCCGCCACGAAGUGGAGCAGUGGGUCGCAGCUGGCAAUAGAAGGCCCCACCUCAGUGUGGUUCUCGUUGGUGAAAAUCCUGCAAGCCACUCCUAUGUCCUGAACAAGACUAAAGCAGCAGCCGAUGUUGGAAUCAGUAGCGAAACGAUCCUGAAACCAGCCUCCGUCACAGAAGAUGAGUUGCUUGAUUUAAUUGUGAAGCUAAAUGAUGACACCAAUGUGGAUGGCCUGCUGGUGCAGCUCCCUUUACCUGAACAUAUCGAUGAGCGAAAGGUCUGCAAUGCUGUAAACCCUGAAAAAGACGUGGACGGCUUCCAUGUAGUCAAUGUGGGUCGGAUGUGUCUGGACCAAUACUCCAUGCUGCCUGCAACGCCUUGGGGUGUGUGGGAAAUCAUCAAGAGAACUGGAAUCCCGACCCUGGGCAAGAAUGUCGUUGUCGCUGGCCGAUCGAAGAAUGUUGGCAUGCCCAUUGCAAUGCUUCUGCACACCGAUGGCAGGCAUGAGCGUCCUGGAGGGGAUGCGACAGUCACCAUCUCUCACCGCUACACCCCAAAGGAACAGCUCAAGCAGCAUACAAUUCUUGCUGACAUCGUGGUUGCAGCUGCAGGCAUUCCUAACCUGAUUACAGCAGACAUGAUCAAAGAAGGAGCUGCAGUGAUUGAUGUUGGCAUAAACAGAGUCCAGGAUCCUGUUACUGCCAAACCAAAGCUGGUUGGAGAUGUGGAUUUUGAAGGUGUAAAGCAAAAAGCCAGCUAUAUCACUCCAGUCCCUGGUGGGGUCGGCCCCAUGACAGUUGCCAUGCUGAUGAAGAACACCAUCAUUGCUGCAAAGAAAAUGCUGAGGCCCCAAGAGCUCGAAGCUCUGACCUCUUAAUGGUGGACUUUUCAUGUUACAACAGCAACAUUCCAAAUCUCCCAGACCACAGGCUGACAGCAGUGCAAUAUUUAUUUGCUGGAAUAUUUAUUUAAAGCAAUUGUGUUUGAUGGCAGAGAGCUUCCACCCUAAACGGAUGUGUGGCAAUUCCUACCAUUAAGCUAUUGUAUUAAAAUGCAGGAACCUGGUUGAGAAUUAGUAGAAUAUAGAAGACGGGUGCUGCUCUCUCUGAAAUCCAAGAGGGGGCCAUUUGUGGGCCAAGAACUGAAUGUUCACAUUACAGAAAAACAUCUUAGUGUUUACUCAGUGCAGCUUUGAUCAGCCACCCUAAAAGAGUGUCCCUUAUUUGCUAUGACUGCACAGCAUCUGUUCUGGAGUCAGAUGUUACUAUUGUUUUGUACAGGGCCUUAUUUGUAUUGCAUUUUAAUAGCUCUUGUAACAAAGGCAUUUAUAACUUGUUUGAGUACUGUAAUCUUACACAUUGGUUAGGGCUGAAAUAUGCUUGAAAGCUAGCAUGGCAUGAAUCAGAAGACUGGAUAGGUUCUCGAUGACUGCUUAGCAUUGCUUAGUGUAAUAUUGAUGGCUAUUACAGAUUGCAUUUGAAUAAACAGAGGAUUGUCUUUGAG